CAGGCUCUCGCGAGAUCUGGGCGUGUGUGUAUGUGUGGAGGUAAGAUGGAGGGUAACGGAGCUCCGGGGAACAACAAGCAGAAACCGAUUUUACCGAAAAACAGAGGCGAAUUUAUCCGCAACCAGAGGAAGGACUCUGAGGGAUUUUCUGAAGCUCCUGAUCUGGAGUUUGAAUACGCCGACUCAGACAAAUGGGCAGCAGAAUUAUCAGAGCUGUACAGCUAUACAGAGGGUCCGGAGUUCCAGCUGAACAGGAAGUGCUUUGAGGAGGAUUUUCAGACACAUGUGGAGGGGAAGAGGUGGGUGGAGCUUGAUGCUGUGCAGCACAGAGCUCACGCCAUGCGGCUGCUGGACGGACUGGACGUGACCGGCCGGGAGAAGAGGUUAAAGGUGGCCAGAGCCAUUCUCUAUAUGGCACAAGGUACAUUUUCGGACUGUGGUUCGGAGGCGGAGGUUCAGCACUGGAUCAGAUAUAACGUGUUUCUGCUGCUGGAUGUGGGAACCUUUACUGCACUCGUGGAGCUUCUCAACAUGGAGAUAGAAAACAGUGCAGCCUGCAGCAGUGCAGUGAGGAAACCUGCUAUCUCCCUCGCCGACAGCACAGACCUCAGGGUGCUGCUGAAUAUCAUGUAUCUGAUGGUGGAGACAAUUCAGCAGGACGAUCCUGCAGAUCCUCCAGAGUGGAGAGCUUCCAGAGAAACCUUCAAAACAGAGCUGGGCUCUCCUCUGUACAACAGCGAGCCAGUGUCUGUGAUGCUCUUCGCCAUGGUAACCAAGUUCUGCAGUGGCCACGCCCCCCACUUUCCCAUGAAGAAGGUUCUGCUGUUGCUGUGGAAAACUAUACUGUUUACGUUGGGUGGGUUUGAGCAGCUGCAGCGGUUAAAGGUGUGUAAGAGGGUGGAGCUUGGCUUGCCCCGCCUCCCGGAGGACAGCAUCAGUGUGAUUCGCAGCAUGAGAGCCGCCUCCCCUCCCGCCUCCGCCUCCGACCUGAUAGAACAACAGCAGCGGAGAACCCGCCGAGAACACAAGGCUCUGAUAAAGCAGGAGAAUCUGGAUGCGUUUAAUGAGAAAGAUCCGUAUAAGGCUGAUGAUGCUCGUGAUGAUGAUGAUGAAGGUGAUGAUAAUGAUAAUAAUGAGAGCGCUCUGGAGGCGGAGCCGUUUCCUCUGGAGCGGGAUGAGGUCAUGCCCCCGCCCAUCCCGCACCCGCCCCAGACCGACCGCGUCUCCUUCCCCAAGGGCCUGCCCUGGGCUCCUAAAGUCAGAGAGAAGGAUAUCGAGAAUUUCCUGGAGUGCAGCCGGAGUAAAUUUAUUGGAUACACACUCGGAAAUGAUACAGACACAGUGGUCGGUCUGCCACGGCCCAUUCAUGAGAGCAUCAAAACCCUAAAACAGCAUAAGUACAUCUCCAUAGCUGAGAUUCAGAUUGCAAAGGAGGAGGAGUUUCAGAAAACUCCACUGUCUGGGGGGGAGGAGGAGUUGGAGCUUUGUGCCACUGAGCUGCUGUAUCAGGGAAUCCUUCCCAGCCUUCCACAGUACAUGAUUGCUUUGCUGAAGAUCCUCCUCGCUGCUGCUCCGACCUCAAAGGCCAAAACCGACUCUAUUAACAUCCUCGCAGACGUGCUGCCGGAGGAGAUGCCGACUACAGUGCUGCAGAGUAUGAAGCUCGGAGUCGACGUAAAUCGUCACAAAGAAAUCAUUGUUAAAGCGAUUUCAGCCAUUCUGCUGCUCCUGCUCAAACACUUCAAACUCAACCACAUCUACCAGUUUGAGUAUAUGGCUCAGCACCUGGUUUUUGCAAACUGUAUUCCACUCAUCCUCAAGUUCUUCAACCAGAACAUCAUGUCCUACAUCACAGCCAAAAACAGUAUCUCAGUGCUGGACUUCCCGUACUGCGUCCUACACGACCUCCCAGAGCUCACAGCGGAGAGUCUGGAAGCUGGUGAUAAUACUCAGUUCUGUUGGAGGAACUUGUUCUCCUGCAUCAACCUGCUGAGGAUCCUCAACAAGCUCACCAAGUGGAAGCACUCCAGGACCAUGAUGUUGGUGGUGUUUAAAUCUGCUCCGAUCCUGAAGAGGGCGCUGAAGGUGAAGCAGGCGAUGAUGCAGCUCUACGUUCUGAAGUUGCUGAAGGUCCAGACGAAGUAUCUCGGCCGGCAGUGGAGGAAGAGCAACAUGAAGACCAUGUCGGCCAUUUACCAGAAAGUUCGCCAUCGCCUUAAUGACGACUGGGCGUACGGCAACGCAGAUCUUGACGCGCGCCCGUGGGAUUUCCAGGCGGAGGAGUGUUCUCUGAGAGCGAGUAUCGAGCGCUUUAACAGCCGGCGGUACGAUAAAGCCGUGGGGAACCCGGAGUUCUCCCCGGUGGAUAACUGCCUGCAGAGCGUCCUCGGCCAGAAGGUGGAGCUCCCCGACGACUUCCAGAUGAACUACGACCUCUGGCUGGAGCGGGAGGUCUUCUCCAAACCCAUCUGCUGGGAGGAGCUGCUGCAGUAAACAUGCUCACACACACAGACUGGGCCUUUUAUUCAUUAUUAAGGACAUUUAAAGAGGUAGUUCUGUGGAAAUCUGAACCCAAACCCCAGCAACCACACCAACCCAACCCCAGCUGUUCUCCGUUAGCUGUUCGGGUUCGGUGCUUCUUUAGCAUUAGCACGGGAGCUACCAGGCUAUUGUCGCUAACAGGUCAUGGGCGCUUGUAUACCCAUCAGUUAGCACUGGCUAAUCAUCACACACACCUUCAUCAUCCACAAGGCUGAAGUCGGUCUCUCACCGGAACUCUGCGUUCCACCUUAAAUCCACCUUAAAUCCACCUUAAACACGCUCUGCUCCAGAUCCCCAACUUAUUUAUCUAUUGCUUUAGGAUUAAAUUCCUUUCUGAGGACCAGUGUCUGUAUCUCUCUCUCUCUUUCUCUCUUAUUCUCUCUUUUAUUCUCUUGCUCACGCUCUCGUUCUCUCAUUCUUUUCUUUUUCGCUCCUUCUGUCUCACUCUCUCUUCUCUUUUUUCUCUCUCUCUCUCUAAGACUCACACACUCCUCCGUCUUGUGAUCCGUCUGUCUUAAUCUCUCACUCCUUAUCUCUCUUUCUCUCUCACUCUUUUCUCUUUUGCUUCUUCUCUCCUAUUCUUUUUUCCAUUUCUCUCUCUAAAUCUCAUUCGCUCCUUCCCUCUCUUUCUCUUUUUCUCCUUACUCUCCUUCAAAAUCUCACUCCUUCCAUCUCAAUUUCUCGUUCUAUCUCUCAUCUCGCUCUUUCUCUUUCUCAAUCUCUCACUCCUCUCUCAAUAUCUCACUCCUUCCGACCCAAUUUCUCGUUCUAUCUCUUUCUCAAUCUCUCGUUCUUUCUCACUUUCGUCUCUCUAAAUCGCAGACGCUCCUUCUCUCUCUCUUUCUCUCUCUCUUUCCUCCUAUCACACGCUCUAUUCUAUUUUCUCUUAAUCUCCGAUUCCCUCUUUCAUGCUUUUUCUCUCUUCUCUCACUCUUUCUUUUUUCUCAAUUUCUCUUUUUUUCUCUCUUUUUUUUUCUCUCUUACUUUUCCUCUCUUCUCUCUCUUAUUCUUUUUCUCUCUCUUAUAUAUUAUAGUGUAUUGGACAGUGUGUGUGUGUGUUUUACACUACAUCCCGCGGUGUGUUUGAGUUCGGUAUGAUGGUGAGAGAGAUUUUGAAUGAGUUGUUUGUUUGUAAGAAUCAGGUUUUAUUAUGGUAUUAAAACGUUAUUAAUGGAUUAAAGCGUAAGUGUGGUUUACUGUUUUCUGUUUUAUAGUUUAUUAUAUACUUGUUUCUUCAGCGUCAUGCGUUCCUGAAGAACAACAUGGUGAAUAAAGUUUAAAAUGAAAAUCGAACGGAAUCUGCUUCUGAAUUAAACUAAUUACUGACCCAUAA